AUGAUGCACAUGGGAAUGCAGUUUACUGAAGAUGAAGUGGACGAAAUGAUUCAAGAAGUUGAUGUCGAUGGUGAUGGCCAAAUUAACUACGAGGAGUUCGUCAAAAUGAUGACUUCGAAAUGA